GGGUGGCGGUGGUGGUGGUGAUGGUGGUGGUGCUGGUGGGAUCAGCCUUUCCUAUAUCAAUGUAUCCUCUGUUUGUCAGACUUGGUGGAAGCUACAGCAGGAGCAAAUGACCCGCAUACUAUAUGAUGUCAAGCAUUCAUAGUGACGUACUACAUUGACGAUGUGGCAGUCUCCAUCCUGUAUAUGAAUGUUUGUCUUUUAAUGUAAUUUACAUAGUGCAUCCAUGGGUGUUGCAUUCUAUCGUGGUGUUGUCUGGGUGUACCUAUUUAGUGGUGUGCAGUGGGCGCGGCGAGGGCCACACCUGUCACAGUGCUCACUUGGCAGCCAGGACCCGGAGCACUUGUGCCUGUCUGAGAGGCAGAUCCAGGCACCGCGAGGGGCGGGAGCACCUGGCCGUGAGCCUCGCCGCUACACCCACUGCACGUGCAGGCAAGUACAAUUUACGGAGAAAUAUGAGACCCGCCAGAACAGUGUCUUGUGACAAUUAAUUUCCCAGAUUAUACACAAACUUGAGCAAAGAUCUCUUCUGAAUACAUUAUGAUAUCCGGCUGAACGUAACGAGUGUCAGUGAUGUAGGGUGAAGGGAGAUAUGGGAUGAAGGGCUGGGGAGCGUGGCGGCCACAGCAGGGCGCUGGCACCACGUCGUCAGCGCCUCCGACGACGCCGGGUAGAGGCGUGUGGAGGAUUGCAGACCGCGCAGAGAAGGCAAAACAUUUAGACAAGUUCUGGAAGGAAACGAAACGUCGGGCUGCUACUCGACUCCGCCCACCCUGGCGCCGACCAAUAAGCAGGACGGUGCGGGUAGUGACGACCAAUGGGGAGCCGUCCCCGCCCUGUACACACACGGACGCACACAUGGCCCGCACCCGCAUAUUACGUUUACACAUUUUGUUAAAAGUUGUGUUUGUAUUGCGUGUGUGUGUGUCUCUGUGCGGGUGUGCGCACCGGCUGAUUGGUGAGCGACACUCGGUGACGACUGCCCGGCCGCGCCGCACCACUGCGCCGCCGACGCUCGCACGGCCUGCACGUCCGCCCGCCACCCGCUCCUGCCGCGACCUACCGCCCGCAGCCGCCCACGCCGCCCGCGCGCCCACGGCCUGAACUCAUCUCGACAGUUUUAGUUGUUAUUGUGUGGCGUCGAUUCUCAGAGAGACACACUGGUGCGCUUAUCAUAGUUGGUGGAGACUGUGUCAGUUGUGCCGGGACUGGCGAGGCACCAGCAUGGAGGACGUCUCUGCCCACGACGACAGCAGAAGUGUUCGCUCCGGGGGGUCCGCUAGCGGGCGGUCUCCCCCGCCUCUCUCUCCCGUCAUCACCAGCAUGGUAGGUUGUGUGUCCCCGAGCAGCCCACCGCCACCCCUCAUGGCCGCGCCGCCCCUCUCCGUGCCCGGACCGUCGCCGCCCGGAGGCCACUCGCCGCCAAUCUUCCCCUCCCCGCCGCCCACCUCUCGGCCGCCACCUUUCCUCCCCGCCCUAUAUUUCUCCCACGCCUACAACUCCCCGCCGCCCAUCCACACAUCUGACCCGACAGCAAAUGACUGCAAGUUGGUGGAGUAUCGCGGCCAGAAGGUGGCGGCGUUCAUCAUCAACAAUGAGACAAUGCUGUGCCUGCCGCAGGCAUUUGAACUCUUCCUCAAGAACCUGGUGGGCGGCCUACACACUGUCUACACAAAACUGAAGCGGCUGGGCAUCGAGCCGCUGGUGUGCAACGUGGAGCAGGUGCGGGUGCUGCGGGGCUUGGGCGCCAUCCAGCCCGGCGUCAACAGGUGCAAGCUCCUGGCAGUGAAGCACUUUGACAUCCUCUACAAGGACUGCACAACCGCCAGCGUCGAUAAGGAUGAGAUGUGGCGGCGCGUUGAGGCUGUUGUGGCGGGAGGGUGUGGCGCCCGCCAGUGCCAGGGAGACGCGGCGGCCUCCUCCGCCGGUGUUCCGUGGGUGUUCUUGCCAUGGCGUCCAACAUGGAGGGACCCUGUUUACAGAUGUAGAGACAAGACAUCAGGCUAUUUUCGAGUGCCGGGACGCCCGCCCAAGCGACCCCACGAAAUCAUGGGUAUGGGCGGCCUGCCUGGACCCAUGGGCCCUGGAAACCUACCUCCCCCACACCUCUCCCCAGAGGCACUAAUGGCUCUCAAGAAGACGCGCAUGGACGCCAGGGAUUUCCCGCCAUUCAUGAACGGCGGCGUGCCAGUCGCCUUUUCAAUCCCUCCAGACGGUGACAUGGAGAAGUCUCCUCUUCUCUCCAACGGGUACAACCCCCCACCCAAGGGCCUCAUGGCACAAUACAUGGCACUCAACGGUGGCAUGCCCCACCCCGCCCUGCUGGCACACACGGGGUUGCCCCUACCGCCUCAUCCCGCCCCAUGGGCCGCCCACGCCGCCGAGCACCCCUUCAAGAACGGCCCUCACCCUGACAGCCUGGCACGCCCGCCGCCUCACCCUGGCCUCCUCUGCUUCAGGUCGAUGGUGUGGGAGAACUGUCGAGCUUCAUACGACGAGGUCCUCAAGCACUUGGAGAGGAUACGCGAGGACAGAAACAGAGCUGACCGAAUGCUGGGUCUGGAAAGAGACGAGGCAGGAGACCGCCCAGCAUCACCGCACAAAACAAACGGCUAUGGGGAGGGAGACGCACUCAACUUAAGUAGCAAGAGUGACUCCCGCGAUGACCUCAGCGACGCUCCCACCCCAAGGGACGACAAGGACGAGGCUCUUUCUGACGCUGACGACCUCGACGACAAAAAUGACCUAAGUGACCGAGAGGACUUCGACUACUCGGACCGCCCGUCGCUACACUACUCAACCAGCAACAACAACGACAACAACAACACCAUCACCAACACCCUCACCUCCACGGCCAACAACACUAGCGGUGCCGGAGGGGGCGUGGGGGCCCUGGCGGGAGGCGUCGGGAACUUGCUCUCCGGGAACAUCAAUGGCAGCAGCAGCAGUAGCAGCAGCAGCAGCAGCAGCAGCAGUAGUGUAGCCACGCCUACUACGUCACAGUGCUCCGCCCUCCUACCCGUCGGGGACGACCGUCUACCUCCAGGCUUGAGCGGGCUGGCGGGACUGAGCAUGGCCGGCGGACCCGAUGUGACGCCCGCGACGCACCAUCCGCCGCUCUCCUCCCUCGAGAAUCUCCUGGGCAACAUUCAGAACCUCCUGAAAGUGGCAGCAGAGAGCGUGAGGCAUGAGGAGAAGCAGUGGAUCAGAGAGAAAGAACAUCUUCAGCUGGAAUUCCAGAGGCAGAAGGAGAUGCGGGAGAGACUAGAGAAGCAACUGAUGGAGGACGAGAAAGUGAAGUUGCUGUACCUCCGCAAGCUGAAGAAGGAGAAGCGGGCAAGGAGGCGCCUGGAGGAGGAGCUGACGGAGAAGCUCAAGAGACUCUCACAGUACGAACCCAAUGCUAAGGAACUGCUAAGAGCCGCGGCCGAGUCUCUAGCAAAGGAAGGGGUGAACAACGCAGCCGUGGCAGCAGCGGCGGCGGCGGCAGCAGCUGCAGCUUCAGGCGGCUCCUCAGGCCAGAACGAGAACCCGCAUCUCAGCCCUAAGACACACCAGACGCAACAGCAGCAGGAACUUCAGGAUGGGCGUGCCAAUCAGAGCGAGGCCCCACCUGUGUAUUUCAACAAAUCGAUGCUCUUCAACUGCACAGCCUAAAACCCAUUAACACAAAAAACUUCGAGUAAACACCAAGUAACAGAGCGUGGCGUAGUGAGAGUGUGGCUGUAUAACUCUGCCAUUCCCGCUGUCUACUGCUGCCUCCCUCCUCCCCCCCUUCAGGCUCCUGGUGGGGGCUCCAAGGACGCCGCUGGCCCGUACCACCACCACCACCGCCGCCCCAGGACGACCCACUUCUCCGACUCCGCCUGGCUGUCAACCUCACCCAGAUGGACGCAUAGCCGUUUAUGGACUCUCAAAUAAGAGCCCUGGGUGCACUAGGGGUUGAAGGAGCUCUCUCUCUCUCUCUCUCUCUCUCUCUCUCUCUCUCUCUCUCUCUCUCUCUCUCUCUCUCUCUCUCUCUCUCUCUCUCUGGGUGCCACAAGAGCUCUACAGGUUCAUCCCAAUGUGAAUAUGAAACCUCACUCUCACCUGACAUAGUGAGAGUGAGUUGCCUUCGCCUCUGCCAACAAGAUACCGGCCGCGGGAAAGAGAUACGGCGGUGAGCGAACACGAAAACAAAAAAGAAAAAAAAAACAAUGCAGAAACCAGUGUAAGGACGAGGCUGGUUAGGGCGACGCGCAACCAGAUCGCCUCCUGGUCAUCGGCUUUAGUGGGAGCGAGGGACGGACACCACAGGUACUGGCGCUGCCCUAAAGUCGUGAUGUGCCCGCCGCACGACCCCUGAUGCCCAGACUCGACCUGCCAGUACCAGGAAUCUUGGCUGCCAAUUACAUGUUUUUUUUUUCAUCUCUCACUCUCUGGUGUGUGUGUGUGUGUGUGUGUGUGUGUGUGUGUGUGUGUGUGUGUGUGUGUGUGCUGUGUGUGUGUGUGCUGUGUGUGUGUGUGUGUGUGUGGACUGCCAAGACUUCUUUCACCCGUGGACAGGUGUACAAGUUACGCAAUUAAGGUAAAUAUAAAUAAAACAGGUACGCAGAUACAGACAGACAGACGAGAGGAUGAUUCAUGUACAUAGUUUUUCCUCUCUCUCUCUCUCUCUCUCUCUCUCUCUCUCUCUCUUCUCUCUCUCUCUCUCUCUCUCUCUCUCUCUCUCUCUCUCUCUCUCUCUUCGGUCAGUGAUGAUGAUGAACAAUGGUGAGAGAAGGUGAUUGACGGGCUACAAAAACAUGGCCCCUGUAGAAGGAGUGUGUGUGUGUGUGUGUGUGUGUGUGUGUGUGUGUGUGUGUGUGUGUGUGUGUGUGUGUGUGUGUGUGUGUGUGUGUGUGUAAGUUUAAAAGCUAAAAAAAAAUCACCUCAAAUGUUUCUGCUUUCUGAAAAAAAACAUAAUAAUAAUCUGGCAUUGAUUACUUUUACUUAGAUGGACUGAAAGAACAAUGAUAGAGGAAAGACUUUAACCCUUGAUUAAUGGUAGACUGUAAGGAACUCAUUUACUAAUUUACUUAAUGGUCAUCACCGUCAAGAAGAGGAGGAGUAAGAAUUAUUGUUCUUUACCGAGAAAGUGAACAAAAAACAGGUAAAUAAGUAAAAGAUAAAAAUGAAAACUAUGUGGUGGUCCUAUUUUAUCUAUUUUUUUUUUUUUAUUACCUCUCACUUCAUUAUUAUCAAAAGCAUUUUUCAGACAUUCUCAAGCAUAUGUGAAUCCCCCGAUUAACGUUAUUACUCUAUACGAUAAGGUGCGAGUGAAGUGCGUGCGUGUGUGGUGCGGUGGGGUGGUGACUGCCCCGCCCACCCGUGUGUGAAUUACGAGGAAGUGACCGAGCAGUUACAUACCACCGAGAUUGUGUGUUGAUAUCCUCUCCUCCUCCUCGUCCUCGUCCUUCCCUUCCUCACCCCUCCUCCCUUCGUCCACCCUCUCUUAUUAUGUAAUUCAUGUGUUUUUACCUUUGAUUUUGAAGGGUAUACUGCCGCAGUCUGCUUUGAGAGUAAAUUAUUGACCUAAUGCUCUGUGGAAAAUACCAGUUAUAAUAGAUAGUUGGUCUGCGAAGCCGGAGAAGAAGAAGAGUGUUUCUAUCGAGCACAUAAUCCUCCCGUCAUCUUCCCUUUAAUGCCCAACUCCCCGUCUCUUUGUGUUUGUUGUGGUGGUCUCGCGGGUUCCUCUCCUCAUGAGUUUGUUGGCAGUCACACACUGUUGUAUUAUUUUAUCGUUUACUGGAAACCUGUGCGGUGAUCCAUCGUGGUUCCAGUUCCAACCAUUGUGUUUUCUUUAUUAAAAGUCAACCCCUGCUCUGGUUUCAUUAAUUAGUCUUUUAUUUGUAUACAGGAUGUAAUGAUUAUAACUCUUUUCUUAAUUGUAAACUAAAAAUAUUAACAAAUUUGCAUGAUCAUUGUUAUCUAAAAAACAAACUAAGGUAAGAAGAGACUUAACACCCUGGUCGGCAUCUUGAUGUAAACUGUAAGGACUUUAAAAUCAUAAAUAAACCGUAAAAGAGAAACCCAAUCGAUCGUCACGAAUAAAUGAGGUUUUGUGACCCGAACAAACUUUCUCACUUACCACAAACAACUCAUUACGCUUCAACAUAAAGAAACAUAACUUUUUAACCUAUAAACGCUCUAUCAGUUUUUUUGUAUCUCUUGAAUCACUCAUCGCCAAGCCCGCCGGUCAAAACGUCAGGCCCCGCAACGCCCCAGCGGAGACCCAAGAACUCUAGUCAUGUUCCGAAGCUACCGCCCUGCCCUCCCCAGCCCCCCAAUCCCUCCCUCAGGACACACGCACCACCCAAACUCUCUUCUCCGGCUACGCAUUCAAAUGUUACCUGUUGUUACCCGCAUCCCGUGUCGCCGAGCACCUCACCUGGGCACCUCACCUGGGCGCCUCUCCCUCCAGACAUGACUCGCUGCCCUGCCCCCUGUGUGUGUGACCCCCAGGCAGCGACCCCCAGGCAGUGAUGCUUCCCCCUUUCCCUCCCCACCACCCACCCCUGCUUUCCCCAAGGGUGUGCAGGGCUGGGUUCUUGGGCCCUCGGUGUUUUGCUCGACCCCACUUGUACUUACGAGUCUAUAUAUAUAAUCUAUUUACAUAUAGAAGACUGAAAUUCUCAUAGGAAAAAAAUCCAACAAAUCCCAACAACCUGUGCUGCUUUGUUCUAUAGGAGAUAAGUCACAAAUGUAUGUAUUAUGGAAUAAAUGUUGGAGUUCU